UCAUUUCGCAUUCGCCCAGAAAUCUCUGAGAAAGAAUCAAACGUUCAUCGACAAAAAUUUGGACUUCGAGAGAGAGAGGGUGGCGACUGAUUGUGGAGAAACCGGGACGCGAAGUAGCCGUCUCCGGGAUUUCUUUUCGUCUCUCUUCACGAGUAUCGGAGGAGUACUGAUUCAGAUCCAAGAUAAGGAAGAAGAUUCAACGAUGGCUUCGAGAGCUCAGCUCCUUCAUCAGCAACGCGGAAUUGAAGGGGAGAUGGUGAAGCCAACAAACGUUGUGGGAAAUGGAAGGAACAACAGGAAGGUUCUUGGAGACAUUGGCAAUCUUGUGGUUGACCGUGUUGUUCAGAACGGAAAGGAUCUGCAGAAACAUAAAACCGAAGCGGCUAAAGAAUUCGUUGGCGUGACAAAGGCUGUAGCUUCACUGAAACUACACCAGAAGACGAAACCCGAGGUUAUUGUCAUUAGCCCUGAUGAAAACGACAAGAGCUUCAGUUCUGUUCCCAAAAAAACUCCCAGAAGAAGUUCCAAGACGUUCAGUGCAACCCUCACAGCUCGAAGCAAGGCUGCAAGUGGAACUAAAAAGGGUGUGAAGGAUACCGUGAUUGACAUUGAUGCAGCGGAUGCUGAUAAUGAACUGGCUGCCGUGGAAUAUGUGGACGAUAUCUAUAUGUUCUAUAAGAUGGCAGAGGUUGAGGGAAAAGUCAGAGACUAUAUCGGAUCACAGCCUGAAUUAAACACAAAGAUGAGAUCGAUUCUCAUCGAUUGGCUGGUCGAAGUUCACAGAAAGUUUGAGCUCAUGCCCGAAACUCUCCACCUCACCAUCAACCUUAUCGACCGGUUUCUUUCGGCGAAAGUUGUCCCGAGAAGGGAGCUUCAGUUGCUGGGCAUAAGCUCCAUGCUCGUGGCCUCCAAGUACGAAGAGAUCUGGGCACCAGAGGUCAAUGACUUUGUCCUCAUUUCAGACAAUGCUUAUGUCAGAGAGCAGAUUCUGGCUAUGGAGAAGUCAAUCUUAGGACAGCUCGAAUGGUACAUCACCGUUCCAACGCCGUAUGUGUUCCUUGCGCGUUACGUCAAAGCCUCUGUUCCUUGCGACGAAGUGAUGGAGAACAUGGUGUUUUACCUGGCCGAGCUCGGGCUUAUGCAGUAUCCGCUAGUGGUCUCAUACCUUCCGUCUAUGUUGGCGGCUUCUGCCGUUUUCGCUGCCCGAUGCAUUAUCGAUGGGAAACCCUUUUGGACCGAGACCCUGAAGCACCACACAGGCUACUCGGAAGAUGAGUUAACGGAAUGUGCAAAGACGCUGAUGAAGUUACAUGCUUCAGCUUCAGAAAGCAAGCUUAGAGCAGCCUACAAGAAAUACUCUGUCCCAGAAAACGGUGCCGUUUCACUUCUCGUACACAAGGACUUGUCUGUUUCUUGCUCGUGAAGAAACUAACCCUAGUUUGUCCUGACAUGGGCAAUGCGAGUGAUGCAAUGUCUCUUUAUUUUGGCUUAUGAGAGAUAUUCCUCUAUAUUCUUUCUUUUGGAUUUGGGGGUUGCUUUGGAAAACUUGUGUAAAUUGAUUUCACAUAGUUUUUUGUUUCCAUGUUUGCUUUGGACAUCUUUUGAAUUUCACUUACUUCUUGUAAACCUCUUCGUAUGAUCGAAAGUUUUAUGUGAUUUA